UGUAACUAAUUGUCCAUGGGAUUUCUCAUUAAUUUCGCGAUACUCUUUGCCUUUACUGUCCACAGAACUGCCGUGGUGACUGACUCCCAUGCUGUCCCUUCCUUUGUUCUUUCCCAGAUCGCAGCACUGGAGCGGCAGAUCUUUGAUUUCCUGGGCUAUCAGUGGGCGCCCAUCCUGGCCAAUUUUUUACACAUCAUGGCUGUCAUCCUGGGCAUCUUCGGGACCAUCCAGUACAGAUCCAAAUACCUCAUCAUGUACGCGGUGUGGCUGGUGCUGUGGGUCGGCUGGAACGCCUUCAUCAUCUGCUUCUACCUGGAGGUCGGGCACUUGUCGCAGGACCGAGACUUCAUCAUGACCUUCAAUACCUCCCUGCACCGCUCGUGGUGGAUGGAGAACGGGCCGGGCUGCCUGGUGACGCCGGUGCUCAACUCCCGGCUGGCGCUCGAGGAUCACCACGUCAUCACAGUCAGCGGCUGCCUGCUGGACUACCAAUACAUCGAGGUGCUCAGCAGUGCUGCACAGAUCUUCCUGGCGCUCUUUGGCUUCGUCUACGCCUGCUAUGUCAGCAAAGUGUUUCUGGAGGAAGAAGACAGCUUUGACUUCAUCGGUGGGUUUGACUCCUAUGGUUACCAGGCGCCGCAGAAGACGUCGCAUCUACAGCUACAGCCACUGUACACGUCUGGGUAACUCCGUGCCCUGAAUCCACCCUGGCCAGCGUGGGACUGGACCCUCGGAGCCCCCUGUCCCCAACUCGAUGCCAUUGCCACUUCUGGGGGACGGGGACAGCACCAAGUCGCCUCCUCCGUUCUCCUCUUGCACCCCAAAAAUGAAGCUGAGUUGGGCAUGGUCACAUCCAAGGGCUCCAUCAUCUGGUUGGCUCCCAGCGCAAGGCUACCAUGGCCAGGACAUCCCCAGUUCACCUGCAAAAGACCCAAGGAAACUCUCAGUGCUGUGCUCGAGCCCCAGGAUGGGCCAGCACGGUGGGGAUGCAGCGAAGACAUGGGGACGCAGCAGGACGUGGGGACGUGGUGGGGAUGUGGGCUCUGUCACUGGACACUUUUCUUCUGUUUCUCAGACCUGGUUUUUAAUUUGAGCAGCGUGUCCUCUUCCUGUGAGCUGGGCGGAAUGAAGCGCAGAGGGAACUUGGGACAAAACCCAGCCUGUUUGGAGCCGCUCAGGCCUGCAGGGGAUAACUGCAGCUUGUGGGGUUCACACAUCCAUGGCAUCAUUGGAGAACAUCCUAAAGUGCUAGAUUUGGAGUCGGGAUGACACAAAGAAGGAGUUUUGUUCCUAAAAAGCCCCCGCUGUCUUACCAGGGGACUGGAGCUUGGCUGCUUGUUGUCCCCACACCCCAGGACCAGCACCCCACAGCCACUCCACAUUUUGGGGUUCCAUCCCCACCGUCGGAACUCUUCAAUUUGGCAAUACUGACGCUGCUCUCAACACAGCCCUUUCAGGCUGUUUUAAUGAGUAUAAUGAAUGUUUUAGGUUGGUUUUUAUUUUAUUCUAUUCUAUUUUAAUUUGAAGUGCCUGAGUACACUUUUGUUGAGCAUCACCCCCACUCCUCACACCUUCUUCCUCUUCCUCCUCCUCCCAAGGCCGUGUUGUGCCUUCAGCGAAGGCUGGCAGUGCCCACUGCCUCCCUUGGGCUUCUGGGGGUAAAUCCAUUCUUUCUGGCACUGCCCCAAAUGGGGGCAUUCAUUUUGGCAGCAAAAAAAUGGUGAGUGAUGAGUUGGGAGACGGGAAUGGUUUUGGUGGGAGGCAAGGUGUGAGCUCCUGGGGUGUGUUUGCAAAUGAUAUCCAUUGAAAAUGCAGAGUUGGGAAUACAAAGUGUUGGAACUACCUGCAAACAAACUUCACUUCAAGAAGCCGUUGUGGGUCACCGAUGUACUCUGGGUUCAUUCUCCUUUUUCCCAGCCUGCCGCAUGGAGGUGAGUUGGGGUCAGCCCCAGACCUCCUAUGAUUUGUCCCCAGGUGUCCCUGUUCCCUGGACACCUCUGGUUACGAAUGGAGGCUGCUCCAGUCUGCCUCCCCAGGGCUGCUCCUCCAGGAUGGGCUCUUCCAGCAACCCAAGAGCAGAUUUUCCCUUCCCUCCAAGUGCCAAAGGAUGGAGCCCAACGGGAAAUGCUGCCCAAUCCCAUAUCCUCGGGUGGCUACAUCCCUCCACCACCACCACCAACUCACCCCAGCCUGAGCGGGAGCUUUGCAGGCAAUAAUUCUGUGCCCAUUUCCCCCCAUCUCUGAGAAAUAAAGUGAUUUCCAGGCAGCAGAGGCCGCCUCCAGCAUCGACCCCAUCCACCUGUCCCCAGAACCACGUCCCAGUGCUGGUGACCCUGGGGGACAGCAGAGGGGCAGAGGGCACGGUCCCGCUGUCGCCGGUGCUCUGUGAUCUUUUUUCUGUUGGCUUGUUUUUUUAUAAGACCGUCUUUGUAACGUGAACCGAGGAUUUCUUUUCUAUUCUGUAAUUAUAAAAGUGGAAGGAGUUUUCACCCGAUGCCUGCUCUGGUUUUGUGUAUUUCCAUUCUUUGUGUGGUGGAAUCAAUUAAAAAGUUGUGGUUUUUCACUUUUUUUUUU